AUGUGGCUCGCAAUGCCCGAUGGUGUUCGCCUUUCUGCUACACUUACCAUACCGAUUCCCAAAUAUGAUAACGAAAAAUUUCCUGUCCUUCUUGAAUACAAACCCUAUCGAAAAGAUGAUAGUUUCUACAAUUUCAAUCAACCAAAUAUUUAUUAUUUAGCAAGACGAGGUUUCAUCGUGGCUAAAGUUGAUAUUCGUGAAUUAGAUGACUGUGAACGUGUAAUCGAACUGCUCGCUAAUCAUUCCCGCUCGAAUGGUGGUGUAGGUAUGUACGGUUUAAGUUGGUCGGCAUUCAAUUCUUUGAUGAUGGCUACUUUGAGACGACCACCUGCUCUUCGAGCAAUCUUUGUUGCACAUGGUUCCGAAGAUUUGUACAACAAUGAUGUUCAUUAUGGUGAUGGUAUACUUCAUGAAGAUGAGUAUAUGCUCUCAAUCGAUCAUGAAAAUGCAUUACCUGCGUCUCCUAACUAUGUAAUGGACGAAGAGUGGAUAAAACAACGAUUUACAGCGCGACCUUGGAUUGAUGUCUAUCUCGAACAUCAAGCGGAUGAUUCAUUUUGGAGGAAAAAUUCAAUAAAAUAUGCCUAUGAAAAUCUCACUGUGCCUGUUUAUCUAAUCGCAGGGUUUUAUGAUGCGUACAAAGAUUUCGCAAUAAAUAUCUACGAGAAUGCACAUCAAGUAUCACCUAAAAUCAAAGUCGUUAUUGGUCCAUUUGUUCAUGCAAUGCCUGAGUAUUCUAAUCGAAAUCCAGGUCCUAGUUUCGAUGGCAAGGCUGAGAUGGUUCGAUGGUUCAAUCAUUGGCUUAGAGAUGAGAAUGAGAAGAAUGACUUGAUAAAUGAACCAGAUAUCACAUUAUUCAUUCGAACAAGUCUCACUACAGGCACCUAUCGGUAUGAGUCUCAGUGGCCAAUUGGUCGACAGCGGAUACAUCGAAUGUUUAUGGGAAAAGGACAAAAGUUGGUUAAACAAUCAACAACAACAACAGAAGAAGAAGCAAAAGAAAACGACAACCAUGUGGACACACUCGAAUAUCGACCAUGGAUUGGUUACGAGGCUGGUGCAUGGCUUGGUGGACUGACAGGAGAUCAACGACCUUUUGAUAAAGAUUGUCUCAUCUAUGAGAGCGAUUUGAUAGUUGAUAAAAUUGAAAUUGCUGGUUUUGUCAAAGUAUCACUUCAGAAACGGAUGGCAUUAGUUAAGAUCUUACAGAUGAUUAUAACAGUAUUGAAUCAAAGAAUAGGCGUGAAAACGAGAAUGCUUUUAUAUCUGCAGGUUAGUGCUACUUCUCGUAUGGCUCAUUGGUUUGUGCGUCUCGAAGAUGUUGAUAUCGAUGGUCAAGUAUGGCUCAUAACGACAGGUGCAAUGAACGGAGCUCGGCGACAAAUGCCACCAGCCUAUCUCGAGCCAAACCAUGUCUACACGAUCACUUUUCAGCUUCAUUUUACUACACGGACUUUCUUGCCUGGUCAUCGAAUUCGUAUUGCUGUUUCUAAUGCUAUGUUUUACAGUAACUGGCCAACCCCGUUCGCAAUGAAUACAUCAAUCUAUCUCAAUUCAUCGGCCACUUUUAUCGAUUUGCCUGUUAUUCUUCCAAUGACAUCGUUGUCACCACAUCCACUAGUGCCGACGUUUACUCAACAGCAAGUCUCACCUAUGGACAUUUUGCCAAUGCCGUUCUCCGGUGGUAAACCUAGGAUUUAUCGGAAAGAUGAAACAGAUUUAUCCACAUCUAUUAUUUUCGAACAACUGACCUAUGAGCUGUUGCCUAAUGGUUGUUUUAUAUCGGCUUUCCUUACGUGGAACUUCACUUGUUCCCAUUUGGAUCCUGCUAAUGUGCGAUGGACAACACGUGCACGGCAGAUUUAUGUAUUUGAUAUGUAUGGAUAUGCAUCAAUCGACGAUAUACCAAUGAAAGCUGAUGAUGAACAAGUCUAUCCAAAUGUCGAUUUGUCGACGAGACGAUAUUUUGAACUUGCAACAGACUUACGUAUGUACUCAGAUCAAGAUGAUUUCUAUGUUAAUUUAAAGCGUCAACUAUGGAAUUCGAACCAAACAAUGAGUGAACCAUUUGUGACAUUUGUGUUUAAUGGAAAGCAUAAGAGACAAUUUCAUUAA